CAGGGGAUCCCAGUAAGGAUGCAAGUAAUGGAGGCAGGAAAGUUGCUUCAUUGCUCUGCACAGCAAUCGGAAUGUCUGAAAUUGGAAGGUUAUUCAGGAUGCCCUAGAGACUGGGUUAUCUCAUCCCGGCCUUCUCUUCCUUCCUUACCCUGUCAUUAUGGUGAUGCUACCCCUUUGUUUUUCUCCCUGCCUCUUGGCUUCUGCUGCCUCUGGCUUUCACUUACUACUGUUCCCACCGUGUCUGGUUUCAGGAUCUGUGAAUGCUUGUGAAAAGACCUCCUUUAUGUUUCUGCGGCAAGAGUUGCCUGUUAGAUUGGCAAAUAUAAUGAAAGAAAUAAGUCUUCUUCCAGAUAAUCUUCUCAGGACGCCGUCAGUUCAAUUGGUACAAAGCUGGUAUAUCCAGAGUCUUCAGGAGCUUCUUGAUUUUAAGGACAAAAGUGCUGAAGAUGCUAAAACUAUUUAUGACUUUACAGAUACCGUGAUACGGAUCAGGAACCGACACAAUGAUGUUAUUCCUACCAUGGCUCAGGGUGUGAUUGAAUACAAGGAGAGCUUUGGGGUGGACCCUGUCACCAGCCAGAAUGUUCAGUACUUUUUGGAUCGCUUCUUCAUGAGUCGAAUUUCAAUUAGAAUGUUACUCAAUCAGCACUCUUUAUUGUUUGGUGGGAAAGACAAAGGAAGCCCAUCUCAUCGGAAACACAUUGGAAGCAUAAACCCAAACUGCAAUGUAGUUGACGUUAUUCAAGAUGGCUAUGAAAAUGCUAGGCGUCUAUGUGAUUUGUAUUAUAUUAACUCACCUGAACUACAGCUUGAAGAACUAAAUGCAAAGUCGUCAGGACAGCCAAUACAAGUGGUGUAUGUGCCGUCCCACCUCUAUCACAUGGUGUUUGAGCUUUUCAAGAAUGCAAUGAGAGCAACCAUGGAGCACCAUGCUGUCAAAGGUGUUUAUCCACCUAUUCAAGUCCACGUCACACUGGGUAAUGAGGAUUUGACUGUGAGGAUGAGUGACCGAGGAGGUGGUGUUCCUUUGAGGAAAAUUGACAGACUCUUCAACUACAUGUACUCAACUGCACCCCGGCCUCGUGUCGAGACGUCCCGAGCAGUGCCUCUGGCUGGUUUUGGCUAUGGAUUGCCCAUCUCCCGUCUUUAUGCACAGUACUUCCAAGGAGACCUGAAGCUGUAUUCCCUCGAGGGCUAUGGGACAGAUGCAGUGAUCUACAUUAAGGCUCUGUCAACAGAAUCAAUAGAAAGACUCCCAGUGUAUAACAAAGCUGCCUGGAAGCAUUACAAAGGCAACCAUGAGGCUGAUGACUGGUGUGUCCCCAGCAGAGAACCAAAAGACAUGACAACGUUCCGCAGUGCCUAGAUACACUUGGGACCCCUAGAACAUCCAAAUGUGGCUUUUGUAUUAAAUUUGGAAGGGAUGGUGUGCAGAACUACAUUAUACCAAAUACUUCACGUCCUUUUCACAACUAUUUGGGUAGAAUAAAUGGAAACCAAAUUCCGUUUAUGCCUGUUAAACCUGCUAAAAGGAUGAAGUUGUACCUGUUUGACACUUAUAUUUUCACAGUUAAUUGAACGUAUUUUUAAACAAUCAUAGUUUUGAUCAACUUUCCCCUUUAUGGUAGACUUCAGAAGAGUAUAAAUCUUUGGGUUUCUACAGGAAGCUGAGUGGUUUUGUCAAAUACUUUUCAUUUUUCAUUUGUGUCUGUGGGAAACAUUUUCUUAAUAAUACUGAUUAGCUAGUUAACCAUUUUUCUGUUAUUUGGAGGAGUUCUGCCAUCCUUUACUUGGUGGAAACUGUAGUACGAUGGUCUUCAUGUUUACCAGUGAUUAACUACAAGUAAAGCAGAAACAGUUGUCCUGUUAGUAUAGAACCAGCUACCUUAAAGCUUCUACACGCAUUGUCUUAGCUCUGAAGUUAACUUACCAUUUAAAAUUUUUAUUACAAAGGAUUAUAAUGAUUAGUUCUGUGUGGGUGUAAGCCUAGAUCAUUGGUAGUCUACUUUGAAUGUGCUUGUGAUUAUACCAGAAACAAACGAGCAGCUGCUAACGUUCUGGAGAAUAAAUUGUGGGCAAAGCAGUGAGUCCCAAAACCUGAACUAUGGAUUGUUGAGAUGACAUGGGGGAGCUUCUGAGAAAGAGCUCUGGGUCCUGCUCCAGACAUGCUGGAUCAGGCUCCCUUAAAA